AUGGCCAACGUUCUCCUGCUCAGAACUCCUAGCGGAAACGGCAGCGACCGCUAUGAGACCGCCUUGAAAGAGCAGCAUUACAAUCCCGUCUGCAUUCCCGUCGUCGAGACGACCUACACGAACCUCCACAAGCUCAAGGAGAUCAUAACGGAGGGGCCGGCGAAGCGCGGCUACGCGGGUGUCAUCAUCACCAGUGCUCGUGCGUGCGAGGCGUGGAAGUCCGUCACUCUCGAGCUCCUUGAGGGCGACCCGGAAAUCGAAGAAGAUGAAUCCGCCGACUGGGCUAAGGUUCCCUUCUACGUCGUCGGAGACGCCACCGCACGCGUGCUCACCGACAUUCGCGAGACUGUGGGCAGCUACCCCUACGCUCCGCGCGAUAUACGUGGUGCCGCCGACUCCGGCACCUCCGAGAAGCUUGCGCGCUUUAUCCUCCGUGACCUCCGCGACGCCGAGGGCAAGACGCUGCUCUACCUCACGGGCGAUAAGAACCGUGACACGCUCCCGAGCGUGCUUGACGGCGGCGGCGUGCGGCUUGACUCGCUGCAGGUGUACGCGACGCGCGGCUCCGAGUCGUUUGCGGACGAUCUGCGCCGCGUACUCGAUUCUGUCUCGUCAGAGUCCUCAGGCCGGUGGUGGGUCGUGUACUUCGCCCCCUCUGAAGCCGAAUUUACAACCCCUAUGCUGCGGGAGCAUUUCGCGCUGGCAUCUGCCGCUGUAGACGAGGAGGCAUCUAGCGCGACAUCGACAGGCAAGCGGCCAGCACGAAUUGCGACUAUCGGACCCACCUCCGGCGCACACCUGCGCGAGAAGCUCGGCUUGCGCGUCGACGUCGUCUCGCCGCGCCCAAAGCCCGAAGCACUGGUGGCGGCCAUCCACGAUUACGACGCGACGCACCAAUAG